AUGAUAAUACCUCUUACUUAUUUAGGAUUCCUUCUUGGGGUGAUUCGAAUGCUUCGCUGUCGCGGAGCUAAAAAUGACACUGAAAAUAACAGUGUCAAGGAAGCAACCCACAAGGAUCUCUCUGCCUCUUUUGUUGAGCAUCAGAUGCACAUUGCUCAACUUUCCGAACGAUUUUUCCAUUCUCACAUUGAUAUUGUUGAACCAAAAAGAUCCAAAGGAUUGACUAAACAAGAAGCUGCUCACAAACUGCAAACCGACGGAAAAAAUGCUCUGUCCCCACCAAAAACCAUCAGUAAUAUGGAACUUUUCUUCAGACAAUUCAAAAAUCUUCUCUGGUUACUUAUGUUUGGUGCUGCUGCUCUUUGCUUUUUGACUUACAUAUAUGACCCAACUGAUGCUCUCAAUCUCUAUGUCGGUAUUUUCAUCGUCGCCAUCGUCUUUCUCAUGUGUAUUGUCUCAUUCUUUGAAGAGAAAAAAGGAGUUGAAGUAGUUCGUGCUUUCCAAACACUCAUGCCGACAUCUUGCCAAGUGAUAAGAGAUGGAAAAGAAAUACUGCUGAACCCUGAAGAGUUGGUGGUCGGUGACAUCGUUGUCGUCCGCUCUGGAUGCAAAGUUCCAGCUGAUAUGAGAAUCAUUGGAUGCACAGACUUCUUCCUGGAAACAAGUUCAAUCACCGGAGAAGCUGAACCAUUGGAAUUCAAUGCAAAGGAUGCAGCUGUCAACGUUUCAAUCUUUGAAUCUUACAAUAUUGCAUUCAAUGGAUCAUUCUGUGUUGAUGGAGAAGGAUAUGGAAUUGUUAUUCGUACUGGAGAGAACACUGUUAUCGGACAAAUUGCUUCAUUGACACUCGGACAGAAAGACAAAAAAUGCAAAUUCGAGACUGAAAUUGAGAGAUUUGUUCAGUUCAUCACUAUCAUGGCUAUCACCAUGGCUACUGUCAUCUUCUCAAUUGGACUUAUUGUAAAUGGAGGAAAUGAUGUCAUUCGUCUGUUCGUCACUGGUUUUCUUAUGGUCAUCAUUGCGAAUGUUCCACAAGGAUUGCCAACUACAGUCACUACUGAAUUGACAAUUAUUGCUAGAAGAAUGGCAAAGAAAAAUGUGUUUUUGAAGAAGUUGGAAAAGAUUGACAGUGUUGGAGCAACCACAGUCAUUGCUUCGGAUAAGACAGGAACUUUGACAAAGAAUUGUAUGACUGUCACUGAUUUGUGGUACAAUAACUCAUACAACAGUGCCAGACCAGAGAACACUGGACGUACAACGAAGAAGAGAAAUUUGAAUGCGAUGAACACUCUCGGAUGGUAUGACGCACCACUUUCAGACAUUCUAAGUGUUAUCUGUGUCUGUAACAAGGCGAGAAUCGAAAGCAAUUUGACAACCAAAAUUAGACCACCAAGAGUUGACUCUGAAUUGGACCUCACGGUUUACCGAUCACAACCAGUCAAAGAAAUGCUCAUUUCGGGAAAUCCAUCGGAAGUCGCACUAUUGAGAUAUGCUUCUGGAAUGUUGGAUGCCAAAGAAGUCAGAGAUAACUUCCACGUGGUGUUUGAGGUUCCAUUCAAUUCCGUCCGAAAGUAUCAUUUGAUUUUGGUGACAACUGAAAGCACGUGGAAUGAAAUGGAUGAAAGAAAACGAAUGAAUGCUGAUGUUGAGUUCAUUUUGAUGAUCAAGGGUGCACCAGAAGUACUUAUCAAGAGUUGUUCUUCAUUGAAUAUUGAUGGAGUCAGUAUGGAAUUGAACGAGAAAAGAAUGGAUGACUUCAAUGAGGCUUAUGAAACAUUCGGAGAUGAAGGAUGUCGUGUCAUUGGAUUUGCCACAAAGAAAUUCCGCGCUCCAGCUUCCUCUGUCUUCUCAAUCAAAUCAAACACUGUUCCAAUGGAUGGAUGGGAUUUCUUGGGAAUGAGUGCUAUUAUGGAUCCACCAAGAGAUGAUACUCCAAGAGCUAUCAAGGCUUGUAAAGAGGCUGGAAUCAAAGUUUAUAUGGUUACUGGAGAUCACAAAUCAACUGCCACUGCCAUCGCUCGUCAAAUCGGAAUGAUUGAUUCUGAAGAGGUGACAAACUUGGAUCAUCAUCGUCAAGUCAUUCGAAGAACCAAUUCUCAAGAUUGGGCAGUCAUCACUGGACCAGAACUUCCGGCACUCAAUGAGAAACAAUGGGAUGCACUGUUGGAACAUCGAUACAUUGUUUUCGCGAGAACUACUCCAGAACACAAGUUAUUGAUUGUAACGGAAAGUCAGAAGAGAGGAGAAUGCGUGACUGUAACUGGAGAUGGUGUGAAUGAUGCCCCAGCAUUGAAGAAGGCUGAUGUCGGAGUUGCGAUGGGACUUGCUGGAAGUGAUGUAGCCAAACAAGCAGCUGAUAUCAUUCUUCUCGAUGAUAACUUCUCAUCAAUCGUUGCCGGAAUCGAAGAGGGACGUCUUCUUUUCGACAAUCUCCGCAAAACAAUCGCCUACACAAUGACCCACAUGUGGCCAGAACUUGUUCCAGUCAUGCUCAAUUUCUUCUUUGGAUUCCCUCUCGGAUUAACCCCAGUUCAAAUUCUCUCAAUUGAUCUUAUCACUGAUAUCCCUCCAGCAGUCUCAUUGGCUUACGAAGGUCCUGAAGCAGAUAUUAUGUUGCAACCACCAAGAAAGAAGGAGACUCAUCUUGUUACCAAAGGACUCAUCACUUACACUUACCUCUUCAUGUCAAUCUUCAUUUCUGUUGGAGGAGUGGUCGCCUAUCUUCUCUCUUAUUACCUCAACGGAGUUCGUCCACUGGAACUUGCCUUCACUGCAAACGACCACUUCAAAGUCGGAGCAUCUAACUUCACAACAUCAAGCGGAGUCGUUUUGACUGCUGCUGAACAAGUUCAUAUGGCUGCUCAGGCUGCUGCUGCAUUCCAUAUCGCUGUCGUUGUUGGACAAGCAUGGCAUUUAUGGAUGUGUUUGACUCGCCGUGUCUCGAUUUUCGUUCACGGAAUGGCCAAUAUUGUUGCCAUUCUUGCUGUUAUCAUUGAUCUUCUCCUUAUCUGUCUGUUCACUUUCGUUCCAGGAGUUCAAUAUGUUUUCGGAUCUGCACCACCACCAUGGGAGUGCUGGCUCGUCCCAGUCGUCGUCGGUAUCUGGAUCUGGAUUUUCAACGAAGUCCGCAAGUACGGAAUCCGAAACUACCCGAAGAACAAGUUGGUUCAAAUCGUCAAAUGGUGA